GCUUUUCUACAAGCGCUUCUACAACAUCUUAAUAAGGUUGAUAAGUCUUGUCUACUCCUCCGCAUAUUCCAUAACUCUGAGAACAAUUAAGCUUAUCAGGAAUUUUGCUUACCUAUUUGUCACAGUUGUCCUACCAAUCCUCUUCCUUGGUAUCUGUUAGGUCAGAUACUCUUCUCUCGAGUUGGCCUUGACAUACCACCUCCAUCUCCUAUCAAAAGAUCUACAUCUCAAGGAUCUGACAUAGAAUCUUUUACAAGAUAAUAACUCAGAUAACUAAUAUCAUUACAAGAUGCCUUGUACCUGUUGUUCUGGAGCUCCAGCUCCAUCCGAAGAAAAAUACGAGCCUUUCAUCUCAAGCCAAGAAUUAGCAGGAAAAUGCCCCCUCGACAGCAAGACUACCAAGUCCUUUAAGUACCCUAUGGUUAUCCCUGAGAGUGCUCGCAACAUUAGUCGUCUUGUCAAAAUGCCAAUGGAGAUCUUUCAGCGCACUCUCAAGUAUCUUGACAUUGAAAGUCUAGUGAAUAUUCGCCGUUCCUCUCAAUAUUGCAGAAUCGCAGUCGAUACUACCCUGGAAUGGCAACAAAUUUCCGAAAGUGUUCCAGAGGCAUUGCGCGCUAUUUUAAGUACUGGGGUGGGAUCCCAUAUCCUUCUGCUCCAGUUGCAUCAUGCUUUGACAAACCCUGAAUGCGAAUUCUGCGUAGAAAACUUUGACCCUCCUACACAUCUGGAUGGUGAAAAAGUCAUGGGUGCUUUCUUAUCACUCUUUGAAGGCAAGCGGGCUUGCGCUUAUUGUCUCCGGAAUGAUCUCUCUCUCAGGACCAUUCCAUAUAUCGACUUCAUCCGACUGCAGCGUCCCAAAUCUGCGAUUAAAAUUUGGCCCGAGGUUCAAAAUCCACCAAAGUUGCAAACGCUUCCAGGUACAUACGGCUAUAAUAGGUACAAGAGCUCUCAGCGCCUACUUCUCGUUCCCCUGGGCGACGUCAAGUACGUUGAUGGAAUGUCAAUGAGCCGCAACGAAAGACAAUUAUUACUACGCUCACAGCACGAAGUCAUUAUCCCUAAGCAUCCAUUCGCCGAUCGCCCGGUAUUGGACAGACAACUUGCUCCGCACAGUAGUUACGUGGGAUUCGAACGCGAGGAUGAAAUAGCCCGUCGUUACAUGACUGCCAUUCCCUUUUCCUACUUUGGAUAUACUCAUACCCACCCCAAUACUAAAAAGCGUGUGACUUUUCACGGCUGUCUCGAAUGUCACCUUAAAGAGAGAUACAACGAGAGACAAUUCGUGGCAUCGUUCAAUCAGGGUGAUGCCGAUAAGGUACACAUGGGACGCGCGGAAAACAUAUACAAACGUCAGACAAGACAGUGGCUCAAUGAUGUAAAUGCGGAGAAGAUACACGCAAGAGAUUUCCACGAGCGGAUCGAAGAAGGAGAACAAGAGUGGAGAAAGCGAAGACAUGCACCGAUCUUAUUCUUCUCAGAACCGAACAAUUCGGAAGAAUUUCGAAUGUAUGACCAUGACUAUCCACUUUUGCUAUAAAGUAACCGCAGUGUUGAGAGCGGAUGUUUUGGAGUAAUAGGUACACCCGGACAAAUUAAAAAGGAGCUUCAAGGAUUGCAGAGAUACAUCAUCACGACUUCUGCAAUUUCUUGAGAGUUGGUUUUGGUUAUGGAUCGGGGAUCAGGAAACUGUUAAUAUUUUUUAACCACAAAUUCCCAUUCUCUAGUAGACCUCAGGGUGAUGCCGCAAAUGUAAAUCUUCCACAACGUGCUUACACA